AUGAUUAAUUAUUAAACAACAAUUGUUGAGUUAUUCAAACCUGCAAAUAGCCAUUUUUUCUUAUCUUAAGAUGGAAACUAUUUUUUUAUGUUAAUGGAUGAUAGGCUCUGCAUGUUUGAUUAAUAGUUAAAAGAAAUAGAAAUUUAAUAGUAAUAAUAACUUUAAGGAAAAUUCUCGAAUAUAAAUAGAAUAAAUUAAGCUUCUAAAGUACUAAAAUUUGCUUUUUUAUGUGGUUAAUAAAUUAUAAUUGUUGAUAUUAUUCAAUAAAAUAGUUAAUUUAUUAGCGAAGAAAUUAUUGUAAUUGAUGAAGAAAAACCUUAAACUGUUGCUCUUAGUCCUUUUGGAGAUCUUUUAAUUACUGGUGAUCAAAUUGGUACAAUUAAGCUAUGGGACUUAAAAAAAAUUUAAGAACCAUUAUGGGUAUUUAAAAAUGAAAGCCAUAUUAUUCAAAGAUUUUCAUUCAAUCCUAAUGGAACAGAUAUUGUGGCAGCUGUUGGUGAUGGCUCUGUUAAUUUAUAUUCAAUAGAUUAUUUUGAAGAUUAAAAUAUUCUUGAAAAUAAUGAUAAUUAAAAAUAAAACUAAAAUUAAAGUUAAGUAAAAGAUAAGGAAGAUAAAAAAUUGAAAUUUACUUGUUAUAAAUCUUUUACGAGAUAGUCGUUGAUAUAAGCAGAUCAUUGUAAAAUCAAUAAUUCACAGAUCUGUUAAAAUGGAAAAUCAAUUCUUGAGCUAUUUAAAUAAAAAGGGGCCAUAUGA